ACAUAUAUUAUUGUAAAUUCGUACAAAAAAAAAACUUUGCUUUAAAUUUCAAAUAUUUUUCAAAUAUGAUUUAUUUCAUUUAAAAAUCAAUAAACAAAUAAAAUAAAAUGAGUUAUCGAUCAAAGUCUGAUCAUGAAAAAUAUACAACUGCUUGGGUUAAACAGCAACCUAGCCCAAAACAACCUACUUCACCAAAAGCUAAAUUGAUUGGAAACUCAUCAAACACCAGUGAUUUACACCACAUACCAACGGCUUUAAUGGUAUCACCUAGCGGUGAGCGUGUAACAUGUGCUCUUGAAAAUUUCGAAUCUACUUCUAUGAACUUGAAAGAUACUAAUCCAUUUUCAACUAACUGCAAGAAUACUCCUGAUGAUGAUGAAUCAGAUGUAUCUGGUAAUUACAUAUCAAAAUUUCCAUCUAGAAAUAACAGAUUUCGUGAAAAAAUGUUAAAUCGCCGACGAAUUCAUGCUAAAGAUAAAAGAAAAGUGGCAAAGAUUACUAUAACACAAAAGUGUGUCACUGCUCGUAGGCAACCAAAAUGUGUCUCGGUACAGACUGAUGAAUCAAUGAGUUUAAUAAGCUUUCCAGAAAUGAUGGGAGAUGGUCCAAGACAUAGUCAAAGUUAUAUGGAACUGAUGUCAUCAACUAGAAUGGAUAUCAGUUCAGACAAUACAACACACAAACAUUAUUUAUCGGAAAACCAAAAAAAAUUUUUAUCGUUUCUUCUCAUGAUAAUUUUAAUAUUUUGGCUAACAUCAAUUAUUCUGGAUGUUGAAAUACCAGCUGAGUUUUGUCGAAUAAUCUUAAACUUUAUUGGGUCAUUCAAAUGGCGUCGAGAAAAACCUCAAAGUUUUGUUGAAAAAAUUUUGGAAUAUAUAAAAUAUAAUUUUCAGUAAUGUUUUAAUUUGCGAUUGAAUAAAAAUGUUAAUUGAAGAUUUA